UAAUUGUUAAAAGCAUAUGGCUUAUUAUUAGUUGAAUCUCUGAUUCUGUUGAAAGGUUGAGAAUUUAGAUAAUAUUUACAAAAAAGAAAGCCCCUUUGUUAAUCAACCGAUGAUGUUUCUAUUGAUGUAAAAAUGUCAGCUUCCCCUUCUUCAAUGCGCUGCUGGGUGGAUUUUAAUUCCAAGAAUUAUCUGUCUCAUGGUAAAUUAGUGUGUUUGCCUCCCAGAAUGGGGCCAUCAAUGCUUUCAUACCAUUCCAGAGCUGAUUUUCUGAAACUCAAUAGCCUUACUUCACUUUCUUCUUUCCAGCAUAGGAAUGGGAAACUCAAACUUCAGUCAAAGCCUAUAGCACCAUCAAGAAAGUUACAUCAACCAUGUGCAUUGGUUAUUAGAUGUGAUCACCCUCAAAAUGCGGAUUUGCCUCGCUAUUAUUCCAAGAAAGAGAAGAAGCCCUUCCCCGUGCCCAUUGUGGAGCUGAGGCGAGCUGCUAGGGAGAGGUUCAAGAAAAGCAGAGGCCAGCCUAAAAAACCAGUUCCACCUCCAAAGAAUGGCUUAAUUGUUAAAAGCCUAGUACCCCUUGCCUACGAUGUGUUCAAUGAAAGGAUUACAUUAAUUAACAAUCUCAAGAAACUCUUGAAGGUGGUGAAAGUUCAUGCUUGCCGUUAUUGUAAUGAAAUUCAUGUUGGUCCCAUUGGGCAUCCAUUUAAGUCAUGUCGGGGUCACCGUGCUUCCAUCCGUAAGGGUCUUCAUGAAUGGACAUAUGCAACUGUUGAAGAUGUAUUCGUGCCAGUUGAUUCCUACCACCUAUAUGAUCGCCUUGGAAAGCGUAUACGUCAUGAUGAGAGAUUCUCAAUUCCUCGGCUUCCUGCAGUUGUUGAGCUCUGCAUCCAAGCUGGUGUCGAUCUUCCCGAAUUUCCAACAAAGAGGAGAAGAAAGCCAAUCAUUCGGAUUGGUAAAAGUGAAUUUGUUGAUGCCGAUGAAAGUGAACUACCAGAUCCGGUCCCAGAACCUCCCUUGAAACCCAUAUUGACUGAAAUACCUGAUACAGAGAUAGUAGCUCCUCGUGAUGAAGAGGAAACAAUCCAACUUGCUGAGGAAACACUUGAAGCAUGGGAACAGAUGAGGAGAGGUGCGAAGAAGCUAAUGAGGAUGUAUCCUGUGAGGGUUUGUGGAUACUGCCCAGAGGUGCAUGUUGGUCCCUCAGGACACAAAGCACAGAAUUGUGGUGCCCACAAACACCAGCAACGAAAUGGGCAACACGGUUGGCAAUCAGCGGUGCUGGAUGACUUGAUACCUCCAAGAUAUGUUUGGCAUGUGCCUGAUGUAAAUGGACCGCCAUUGCAGCGUGAGCUCAGGUCUUUCUACGGGCAAGCCCCUGCUGUGGUGGAAAUUUGUGUGCAGGCUGGUGCUGAUGUGCCCGAUCAAUAUAAACCAACCAUGAGGUUAGAUAUUGGGAUCCCUACUAGCCUUAGAGAAGCUGAAAUGGUAGUCUGAUCCUUGAAUGAGUUUUGCGCAUUAUUUCGUAUCUUCAUUUAUUGUAAAUUUGUUCAUCAGACGGUUGUAGAGCUUGCUUGCUUAUACCAUGCAGCAAAGCACUAUUAUGAAUUCUUUUACUUUUAUUUUACUGAAUAACCAUACGUGAUUAUAUGA